AUGGCGGUUUCCCGGGAGGAAAUUCCUGCCUUGGCCCGCUCCGCCUCCUUCCGGGUCCCAGGACUGCCUAGAGGUCACGGAGGUCACGAAGCCUGCAUCCCGUUCAACCUCCUGCGCUUGAUCACGUGGGUCCUGAGGCUGGUGGCGCCCUCGAGAUCCAACUUGCCUGUGGGUUGCAUGCUGGUGCUGAUGCUGAUGACCACGGUGCUGACCAGGAUGGGAGCAGUUCCUGUCCCCACACCCCUCAGUGCCCUCCUGGGUACAAGGGGCUGCCCCAUGGCCCAGUUCAAGUCUCUGCCCCCACAAGACAUGAAGGCCUUCAGGAGGGCCAAGGAUGCCUUGGAGGAGUCCCUGCUGCUGAAGAACUGGAGCUGCAGCUCCCGCCCAUUCCCCAGGACCCGGGACCUGAGGAAGCUGCAGGUGUGGGAGCGCCCCGUGGCCUUGGAGGCUGAGCUGGCCCUGACAGUGAAGGUUCUGGCUAACUCCACCCUGGGGGACAUCCUGGACCAGCCCCUUCACACGCUUCACUACAUCCACACCAAGCUUCAGGCCUGUGUCCCAGGUCAGGCCACAGCAGGCCCGAGGCCCCGGGGCCACCUCCACCACUGGCUGCACCGCCUCCAGGAGGCUUCAAAGAAGGAGUCCACUGGCUGCCUUGAAGCCUCUGUCACAUUCAACCUCUUCCGCCUCCUCACCCAUGACCUGAAGUGUGUCGCCAGUGGAGACCUGUGUGUCUGACCCCGAGGCCCACCCACAACC